GUGCGCGCUGCCGGCGGACUCGCAGCGCAGAAAAUGGCGAGUUUUUGCAAGCGACGAGUUUACAGCACCGAGAAGCGCGGCUUUCGGCAGGAUUUGGAUUCGUGGCGGUCUAAACUCAUUGACUGUGUGGGUGUUGAGAAGAUUUUGGAGUUGUUACUUGGGACAAGAAUUUUAGAGGACCUAAGUCAGUUCAAAGAUUAUAAGCCUGCAAGUGUGUCAAAUUGGUCAUUUGAUGAAAAUUGUCUUUUCUGCUGCUUAAGACGAGAGAAAGUGAAGGAACAUGUAAUUGCACUCAAUAACAAAAUUGUGGAAAGUGGAGGCAAACCUUUACUUGGCAAGGAUCAUUGUAAUAUCAACAGACUUGAGUGGCAAGUCGAAGAAUUCCUCAAUGCAGUCUUGCAUAGGAAAGAAUAUGCACCAAGGAUCCCGGAUCCUCACAUCCCUGUGGUGGCUUGUGAUACCAUGCAACAAAUGAUCAAUCGAUUAUUGGUGCAUUAUACCUCAAAUAACUCUCAGGACUCACCUCGGCACAACGGCAUGGACCAAAGCCUGCUGAAAACUCACUCUAGCACAUCCCCUGUCGCUGUUGCUACACCUACAGCUGCUGCUUCUACACGGAAUCCUGUCCUCAGCAAGCUCCUCAUGGAAGACCAAGAUGCACCUCUGGACCUUUCAGUCAAGAAGGUCAGACCAGAAACCAGUGAACAAGAUGGUGUUCUGGAUCUUUCAAUCAAGAAGAAUUCUAAUCCAAACAGCAUGCUUCUCAGAAGCCCUCCUGUGAAUUUGACACCACCAGUGGUUAGGCAAGCUUCAGAUUCAGGUUUUGCAAAAGCAAGCGAUCUACAUUCAUCGUCCACAUUGGAACAGUUUAUGGCUAAGCUAUGUUUGCAUCACCAGCGACAGAUCGUUGACGCGUUUGGUUUCUUGCAAACUGAAGUAAAGGCUGUGGCUUCCUCCACUGAAGUGCAAGUGUUUUCCCCAACAGUCCCAGAAAAAUCACUAAGCUCAGACCGGGCAGAAGAAAGUUCAGAGUUUCAUGGUGCUGAAGAAACUUUGCCUGUAGCAAGAGACAAGAACGGGAGCCAAGAACCACCCAUUUCCAAAAAUAAUGAAGUUUCGCCUGCAGAACAGCCCUUGAAAGCUGAUGGGCUGUUGACUGCAUCAGUCAAGAAUGGAUCUUCCAUAGAUCUUAGUCAGACAGAUAUUGGCGAUGAUGUUGAAUGUAGUAGUACAAACAUUCAGCCUAAGUGUCCAACUCUACUGAUUAUGAAAAACGACCAUGAAAACCUUGAAGCCAAGAAGUUGAUUGAGGUGGGCUCAAUCAUUCAACAACCUAAUACUGGCACUUUAGAGCAGGGUCCGUGUGCUUCUGACACACCAACACAUACUAUUGAUCAUGAUAUUGGUGCAUUGUCUUCAUGUUCUGUGAAUCAUGGACAUGCUGACCCUAAAUUCCUUCCAGAACAUAGCAUUGAUACUCCCGUUAGCGCAUGCUCAAUUCAAAGGACUACAAAUGCCAUUUCAACUAAUUCUUCAAGAACAGCUAAGAAAAGUAGCCGAGGCUCUCACUCUCAUCCCAGGUUGAGCCCAAUAGGUAACAUUGUAAAUGAUCCUGACAUUAAAUAUGAUAUUGUCUAUGUAGGGAAACCAAUUACUGAAUGUAAGCUUCAAUCACAGAACUAUAUGCUUCCAAGGAAAAAUGCUAGAAAGAGCACAAGAGGACAUCUUUGUUUUGGGGAUUGCUGGGAGAUAAAAACUGUGCGAACAUUGGCUUGUAAACCUGCUGUGAAUGGUACUGGGAAUUAUCCUGUUCCUAUGCCAGAGAUAACCACAUCAAUCACUCCAAAGCAGGCCCUUACUAAACCUGAUGGUUUACCUCCUAUGACCGUACCUUUCACUGGGGAUUGCAUGGAAACUGUGAUAAACAGAAACCUGUCUGAUCAAUCAGUAGUGACUGAAAUGCCUGGAGAUGUUGUUGAAAUAACAAGUGAGGAUUUGAUUGUAGAACCUAGUCAAACAGGUCAAACGCAGCAAAAAGACCAAAUUCUCUCUCUACUUUCAGAUGAGGAAUGUGAUCAAUUUGUGCAGCAGGACUCUACUGUGGGUAUACAUGACAUUUCAGACAGUAGUGAAGGAACUCCCAGUUCUACUGUGGCAAGUGAAACGCCUGAAAAAACAGCAACAAAAGAAACCAUAGAUGCUCCUGCAUGUGAGAUAUUGGAUGAGUCAGAAACAGAGGUCCAGGGUCAAAAUGUAGCGACAGAGGCAUUGUUAAAUCCAGUCUCCUCAAGCAUAGAAAGCGAUGCAUCUGAGGCAGAAGGUUUGGGAGGAGGAUGUGAUUUGAAGAAUCGAAAUGCCACCAAGUUUGAUUUCCUAAUAAAGUCCCCAGAACUGACUACAGGUCUAAGAAAACCAGUAAUGACCUGUACAAAUAACAGCACAAGCUUACAAAUGACUUGUGGAACUGAAGCAAACAUCAAAGCAGUGGAUUCUGAGAGUCCAGCUGAAGAGAAAGUGGAGUCAAGGGGGUCUGAUUUAGUGGUUGAGGAAAUUUCUACAAAAGAACAAUUUGAAGAAUGUAAAGGUGCGUCUCAAAGUGUUGUUGCAAAGAAGGGUGUUGCAAAGCAUGUCCUCUCUUCAGAUAGGUGUUUGCGAAGUGGAGUCUCCAAAGGCGUAUCUGAACAAGCGGUCGCUGAUGUGUCAGGCCAGACAAAACUGGCUGACUUGCAGUCAGAUAUCCAUGAAAAAAACAUCCCAGAGUCAAAACAGUCAUUGAGCUCUUCUAAAUUGAAGCAUACUGAGGAAAACCUGUCAUGUCAGGGUGGUCAGGAUACUUUAGCCAUCACAGAUUUUAUUCCUGAAAAAGUGCAGCAUUCCCCAUUGGUCAGACAGAUUGACAGUAUAGGUAACAAAGUGUGCACAAGGCAGAAGCAAAAGCUAAUAAUGGAGUCUGAGAAAGAGCAGAAGGCCCAAGAGCUCCCAACCCAAAAUGAUGAGCUUAAAGGACAAGAGGGUGUGGUGAAUAAUGCUCCUGAAAAUGAGGCAAAUAUGCCUCCUGAGGGUGGUGAAGGUCAUGGAAAGAACAGCCCAGGGAAAUCCAUAAGGGCUUCUGAAAGAAUGCCUCUCAGAAACCGGAGCAGUCAAAUUGAGCAUUCUGUUAGUAGUGACACUUGUACACCUACAAAAAAUAUUUCACGCACCCCUGAACGAAUGCCACUGAGGAACAGGAAUAGCAUUAGUGUUGAUCAGCCUGUGACUGAAGAUUCCCCCACUGCAGGCCCUGUAGAGAAGCUUGAACGAAUGCAUCUGAGAAGCAAGAAUAGCAUUAGUGUUGAUCAGCCUGUGAAUGAAGAUUCCCCCACUGCAGGCCCUGUAGAGAAGCUUGAACGAAUGCCACUGAGAAGCAAGAAUAACGUUAGUGUUGAUCAGCCUGCGACUGAAGAUUCCCCCACUGCAGGCCCUGUAGAGAAGCUUGAACGAAUGCCACCGAGAAGCAAGAAUAACGUUAGUGUUGAUCAGCCUGUGACUGAAGAUUCCCCCACUGCAGGCCCUGUAGAGAAGCUUGAACGAAUGCCUCUGAGAAGCAAGAAUAACGUUAGUGUUGAUCAGCCUGUGACUGAAGAUUCCCCCACUGCAGGCCCUGUAGAGAAGCUUGAACGAAUGCCACUGAGAAGCAAGAAUAACGUUAGUGUUGAUCAGCCUGUGACUGAAGAUUCCCCCACUGCAGGCCCUGUAGAGAAGAUUGAACGAAUGCCUCUGAGAAGCAAGAGUAACGUUAGUGUUGAUCAGCCUGUGACUGAAGAUUCUCCCACUGCAGGCCCUGUAGAGAAGCUUGAACGAAUGCCACUGAGAAGCAGGAAUAGUUGCUUCGCUGAGCCGACUUGUAGCAAAGAUUCCAGCAUUUCCCCAAAUACGAGCAAUUUAUACAGUGUGGCACGCAUACCUUUGAGAAGCAGAAACAGUAGUACAGCCAGUCGCCAUGUCGUCGAAGGUUCCUCUGAUGUGAUCAAGGAUACAUCAGGCACCAUCACUGAACAACCCAGUGGUGAUGACAGUGGUGUUCCCAGUAAGAAAUUGGUGAGCACUGGACACAUGCCUCUGAGAAGUGGAUGUGGUCUGAUGGUAGAACAGUCAUCCAGCUGCAAUUCAUUUAGUUCAGAUGCUGGAACCGCCUCCGAGAGCCCUGGACGCAUGUCCUUGAGGAGGAGCAAUACUUUUAGUACUGAAAAGCAGGAUUGUUUACCAACACCGCCCAAGAAUAAAAAGCUUUCUCCUAGGCUUCAGAAGAUGUCUGGAACACCUGUACUGUCCUUAGUCCAUAAAGAUGAACCCAAUAAGAGUGACAUCAAGACUGAUAAACUUUUUAAUGACCAAGUGAAAGUCCCUUCUAUCCCAGUUUCAUUUACUUCAUUUAACUUGCCAACCACCAGUCCAUUAAUCCCUGGCCCCUGCAAGUUUUUGGAGGCUUUAAAUGGGGAAGCAAACCAACAAUUGAUUUCAGAUUUAAAUAGCAAAUUUGAUAAGAUGCAAAAAGGGUGGGUUCAAAUGGACAAAGAGGGACAGCCUGCACCAAAACCGAAAAACAAGGCAGACAGACUAAAGGAAAUAUGGAAAAGCAAGCGAAGAGUUAGAAAACCAAGGUCAUUAGAGCAGCACAAAUUCUCUCCUGUACAAAUGUUAUUUAUGAAAUCCUUUGACCUUCCCAAUAUCUGUCGUUGGUUCUUGCAGUCAACAGAAACAAAAUCUCUUGUUAUUGUAAAGAAGGUGAACACAAGGCUUCCAUCUGAAACGCAGUUGGGUUUUCAAGCCUCACCUUCUGUGCCGGAGUCCUCUGAUGGAGUGUUCCCAAGUCUACAGGCUGAACGCUUAAAAAAGCACCUGAAAAAGUUUGCCAUUGCAUCCCCUGUGAAGAGCAACCCCAAGAACAAAAGGCUCAUUGCUAAAGCUUUAGCCCAGGGUAUUGCUAAGGGCAAGGAAAAACAAGAACCUAGAACUGCUACACGGAUCUCUUCAAAGCCACAGAGAUCUACUGGUCCAAGACAGGCACAAUCCCUUGAGAGCCGUAGCAAGGUUGCUGCAAGUGCAAAAAAUCCAGCAAGUGCAAGAAUCCUGAGGAAAUAUUCCAACAUGCGUGAGAAAAAACAAGUCCAACAAAACUCUCUGAAGAAUUUAAAAAGCUCGUUAGUAGAGGUAGAUAAUAGCCGUUCCAUAAUGAAGAAGGUCUCUAAAGAAAAACUGUCCACAAGGAGAGGACAAAAAUCAGCCAUUGUUAAGAAAGUGAAACGGUUGGCUAAAAAAGCAAAAACGCCUGCUACAAAAGGGAAAAUCCCAAAAGGUGGUAGAGGGUUCAGAGAGAUGAAUGAAAAAGGUGGAAUUUCUCCGAAGAAGGUGCUUCCCCGAGUUUUAAAAUCUAACCGUGUAAGCACUCCUAAAGCAAUGAGUAAAAAAGAAAUGCUGGUGAAAACUGAGAAGUCACCACAAGCAAAAACGGACAAUAAGAAAUCGCCUCUUCAUAAAAGUUCUGAAAGUUUAAUGUCUCAGUCUCAAAUUAUGGACAUGAAGCCUCUGUUAUCAGAAGACCAGGUUCUCACAAGGUCUCAAAGAAAGAUGGAAGCCAGUCUUGCACAGACAGGAUCUCCAAAAACCUCUACAAAAAGGGGACUGGAAACCUCCGUUACAUUAGCAAAGCGGACAAGGACAGCGAAGUAAUGGACAGACGUAGACUGCUGUUGCAGAUGGGUGAUGGUGUUUUCCACAAGGGAGAAUUGCUUCUAUUCUGGGAAGAUGGCUUGCACAGCUUCAUUAUAUUUAAAAAAAAAAAAGCAUAAUUGUCUGACUUCCUCCUAGUCUUUUGUGCUGAGCCACAAAAAUGGCUGUGUGCAGAAAUUCCCCACAAUGUCCACAACCAACUGUACAAUGUUUAUAGUACGCAUUUCUAUAUUAGCAUUAGUGUUGUCACUUAGCCUUGACUUGAGUAUUUAGUGUUGUGCACUUGACAUUGCAACAGUACAGUAUGUCCAAAAUGGUCAUUUUGUCAAUUAUAACAAAGUGAAACGUGCGUUGGUUGAUUUAAAACUUGCUCAUUUAAGAACUGACCAACUCCAAACCUUUACCCCACCACCAAUCAGAGCUGUUUUUGUGACUUUGAUAAUGUGCCUUAUUAAGUAACAGACUGUUCCUUAAACCAUGAAAUCCUCUAUACUGCACGUGUCAUUUUGUUUUAAAGGUAUCCUUCCGCCCAAGGGAUAUCUGAGCUGUUUCCUACAGCCACUGUACUCUUUUUUUCUUCAAGCAUUUAAACACCCUUUCUGUGUUCCUUAUUUCGAGUUUCUACAUGUCAAGGUAAUUCAAGGAGCAUUAAAUAUUUUCUGAAUACUUGAUCUUUCUGUAAUUUCCAUUUUGUGACCGUGAUGUUUAUCGUUCUCGUCAUUUUCAGUUCUACUUGUUGCCUUUUAAUUGUGUUUUGCUCCAUUAUCUUGUUACAUGCUGACGGUCCGCUAAACUGAAACCUGUAAAAUUUUGAUUUAAUUUCAUUAGAACUUAAUAUAACUAACUUAUGAAUAAUCAUGUCUGUGGUGUGAUAUAAUGGUAAUACUUUUUGUUUGUUCAAUUACUGAAAAUGCUUUAGCUAAUAUUUGGAAACUUCAUGCAGGUUUUUACAUUUGUUUUGCUGUUGCGGAGUGGACAUAAGAGUCUUGAGGUGACUUACAAAUGAUGUAUCUAAUCCAUGAACUGUGUGCAGUAGAUGCUUGCGAUUUUCUGGAUUCUCAAACCCAUAACUGAGUUGAGGGAACAGGCAGAUCCUGAUGUGCAAAAGUAUUCACUUGUUUCUCCGAAUUUGACAUCUAUGCAUGCAAGGCGAUGUGCCUCAAAGUAUCGUCUGCAGAUAUUUCUUGAAAGGGUGACUCUGAAUACAGAUACUUUUGACCAGAAUGAAAAUGUGACUAAUAAUAAUUGAAGGCUAAUGUCCAUUAGUUUGUUUUGGACAGAGAUUAUGCUUUAAGUGCUGGACUUUUACUUAUUUCUACUUUGGACUUAAUAAUGUGUGAAUGAACAUGUUGAACCUUUGUAAGUGUCUAAACUAUUUAAAAAAACAAAAAAAAAAAAUCAGUGUCCUGCCAUUAGUAAAAUUAUUUACUCCAAUUGUAGAAUUAAAAAUUUUGUAUUUGGUGGAGGUCCUUUGUCCGCUCAGUCUUUUAAUGUUUCACUUAAUUUUUUUUUUGGGGGGGGAACGACGACUUUGAGUGAUUAUCUUGUAAAUGCAAAGGUAUACUGCUUUGGAGUUUUAAUUGAUAUUUAAUGUUACCAUGGGCAUCACUGACAGUUUGAUUUACCCACCAAAUACCAGACUUGAACAUUUUACUUUAUUGAUAUUUAUAGUUUUUUUUUUUUUUGGUUUGUAUAUUUGAAGAGAGCACAGGUGUAUUUGUCUAAUGUAAGUUCCUGCUAAGACUUGUAUAAAUUGUUUAAAUAAAAUAGUUUCCUUGUU